GCUUUAUGUCCCAGGGUCAGUGUAUCUACAUACACACAGAGCUUUCCUCUCUCUGGGGCCAAGAACAAGAAGCAUAUCAUCUGUUUGCCAGUGCUGAGAAUUGAACCCAGUGCCUCACACAUACUAGAAACAUGCUGUUCCAAACCCUGAAAUGUAAAUGCCCUGUUAUUUGUUUCAACGCUAAGGACUUUGUUAGAAUAGUGCUGCAGUUUUUUGGUGAUGAUGGCAGUUGGAAGCAUGUUGCUGAUUUUGUAGGCCUUGAUCCCAGAAUUGCCGCAUGGCUCAUAGAUCCCAGUGAUGGCACACCUUCUUUUGAGGACUUAGUGGCAAAACACCUUGAAAAGUCCUUUUCAGUCAAAGUGAGCAGCACAUGUGGCAAUUCCUCAAGUAAUAUUAAGAAUAAGAACAUACAUAUGAACUUGAAUACACUCUACAGACUUACAAUGGACCUGUGCUCCAAGUUGAAGGUUCAUGGUUUAUGGCAACUAUUUUGUACUUUGGAAAUUCCUCUGAUUCCAAUUUUGGCAGUGAUGGAAAACCACAAGAUUCAGGUGAACAAGGAAGAAAUGGAAAGGACAUCCAUACUUCUUGGGGCUCGUCUCAAGGAACUGGAGCAGGAAGCCCAUUUUAUUGCAGGAGAACGGUUUCUUAUAAUGAGUAAUAAUCAACUUCGAGAAAUCCUCUUUGGAAAGCUGAAGCUACACCUGCUGAGUCCAAGGAAGAGCCUUCCCAAAACAGGGCCACAGCAACACCUAUCCACUUCAGAGGCUGUGUUAAGUUCUCUGCAAGACCUUCAUCCCUUACCCAAGACAAUUUUGGAAUACAGGCAGAUUCACAAGAUCAAGUCAACCUUUAUAGAUGGAUUAUUAGCUUGCAUGAAAAAGGGAUCCAUUUCCUCCAAGUGGAAUCAAACGGGAACUGUGACGGGAAGACUUUCAGCCACACAUCCUAUCCCAGCCUUCUUUGGCUGGUGGCUGCCUGUUAAUUCUUCUGGUUUCCACUUGGGAGGCGGGUUCUCAGGAUACUCUGGCCUGUGGCAUAGAUCUCAUUGCUCUACAGACUCCACCACACUUGUUUUGCCAGACUCUGGAGUUUUUGCCAGUCUGACAAAGAAUAUCCAGGGUAUUUCCAAGCACUCAAUUCAAAUUGCUAAGCCUCUGAAUUUUAAAGGUAAAGAAGAUGAGACUUUCACCAUCUCCCCAAGAACCUUGCUUGUUUCCUCCAGGGGCCACAUCUUCCUAGCAGCAGACUUUUCACAGAUUGAAUUGCGCAUUCUUGCACAUUUAUCUGGAGAUCCAGAACUUUUGAAGUUAUUCCAGGAAUCUGAAAGAGAUGAUGUGUUUUCUACCCUGGCUUCACAGUGGUAAGAUAUU